AUGAACGAGGCGUACCGCGCAGCCGUGCUUGGCAAGGCGCGGCGCAGCAAGCCGCGCGCUGAGAGCGGGCAGCAGCAGGAGGAGCAGAAGCCGCGGAAGCAAAAACGUGAGCCGGAAGAACCGCAGAAGGCGUCUGGGACAAAGCGCAUGCGUGGCGAGGUGGCUACUGCUACCGCUGUGGAUCAGCCGGCGGUGAAGAGGAAGAAGUGA